AUGCCGGUCCCGACAGAUAUUCCAACGCGACCAGAUCUGAACGGUGUCGUGCGCGUCGACCAGGCUGGUCCUUCGCAGCCGACACAACCUGCCGGCCAACCGAGCGAUGUCGCCGGUGUCCUUCGCCGAAACCAGGCCUGUCUCGCCUGUCGCCGGCGCAAGCUUGUGAGUACUCUCUUUGAUCCCUUCCCUCUUCACUCUGUUUUAUCUGCACCUUCCACAUCAACACACUCCUUCACACUGCACUAG